UAUUAUAUUUAUCACUAUACAUUUUGGUAAUCACUUUGAUAAUUUAUCAGUGUAUACAGAAAUAUUAUCACCAAAUAUAAAGAGAGAAGUUCACCGAAAGUCAAAAGGCUUUGAACCAAAGACAAAAGAUAUUUACUGCAUCUUUGAAAAAAUAUAUAUUUAGUCAUUUCCUCAUGAGACAAAGAGGAAAUACUCACUCAGGAAGUAAUGUGCAAGUUUGUUAUGCUGUUAUGACAAUCCAUCGACAAAACACAUACGCAAAGAUCACAUUAAUGCCACAAUGGAAGUUGAUUUGGCCUUGUUGAAGUCCUCAAAAGGUCUACUGAAAAUAGCAGAAAUGGUGUGUGUUUUUGUGGCUUUUGUGUCGUAUGCAGUGGCAUCCCGGCCACCCUACAUUGCAGCAACAUGCAUAGAGUUUUUCAUCACGCUUGGUUUUUUUCUGCUCUACCUUCUGAAACUCAACAAAGUGUUCACUCUCUUCUUCUGGCCACUCAUUGAUGUGUUCAACUCACUCUUUGCAGCUGCAUUCAUGUUUAUUCUUAGCCUGGUUGCAGUUUCAACAUUCACAGUGAAGGGCACUUUGAGCGGAGGGAUCGUGGGCUUUGUGGCUGCAGCCUUGUGGUCAUUGGAUGGCUAUAUUCUUUUCAAAAAAAUCUCAUUCAACAAGCCAAGAACCACCACAAGGGCCCAAACAGGGGAAGAUUAACGCUCCAUAGCUGUGUUGACUCAUUUUGUGAGUGGGUCAUUUUUAUAGCCAAAAUAAGAGUGUCAAAUAUUUUAAACUGCUGUAUAAUGUAUACUUUUCCUCAUGAAUAAUGUUAAAAAGAAUUAGGAACCCUGAAAAGACUGAAAACUACACACAAAUCUGCAUAAUAAAGUAUUUCAAAUAGAUUUGUUUAAAUUUUAGAGUCUGUGGGUUCAAUAAAUAAAUAAAUACUGAGAAAACUAUCUUUAAAUUUGUUCAGAUUAAGUUUUUAGCAAGGGGGGCAUGGUUGGUUAGCACGAAUGCCUCACAGCAAGAAGGUUGCUGGUUCGAGCCUUGGCUGGGUUAGCUGGCAUUUCUGUGUGGAGUUUGCAUGUUCUCCCAAUGUUGGUGUGGGUUUCCUCCAGGUGCUCCGGUUUCCCCCACAGUCCAAAGACAUACGCUAUAGGUGAAUUAGGUAGGCUAAAUUGUCCGUAGUGUGUGUGAAUGAGAGUGUAUGGGUGUCUCCGACCAAUGGGUUGCAGCUGAAAGGGCAUUCCCUGCGUAAAAUAUAUGCUCGAUUAGUUGGCGGUUCAUUCCGCUGUGGCAACCCCUGAUUAAUAAAGGGACUAAGCCGAAAAGAAAAUGAAUAAAUGAAAUUGGCCAUAGUGUAUGUAUGUGUGUGUGUGAGAGAGUGCAUGGUUGUUUCCCAGUACUGGGUUGCACCUGGAAGGGCUACUGCUGUGUAAAAUGUAUGCCGGAAUAGUUGGCAGUUCAUUCCGCUGUGGUGACCUCUAAAAUAGAGACUAUGCUAAAGGAAAAUUAAUAAAUGAAGUCUUUUAGCAAUGUAUACUAUUAAUAAAAGGUUUGAUAUCUUA